AUGAACACAAUGAAUUUUAAAGCAUUUCUAGGCAAGAAAAUUCAUAAACUUCCUUAAGGAUUAAAUAGCUUUGAUGAGCUUCUUUUUGUGAUAAGAACCAUCUUUUCUUAGAAAUUACCUGAAUAAUACACUUUUAAAUAUGAAGAUAGCGACAAAGAUUGGAUUGGAUUAGAGUCAUAGGAAGAUUUUGAAGCAGCAAUUGGCUUUUUCAAGGAAAAUAAUAUAAAUUCUAUGAAAAUAAAAAUAGUUAAAUCUACUAAACCAGCUCUUGAUUAGUAUGUUUUAAAGAAUUUAAGUGAUGAAAUGAGCUAGUCUAGAAUCAUUUAAUUCUCUAAAAAAGAUGCAGAGGAAGAUUUAAAUGAGAGCGUUGUCAUAAACAAAGAUUAAAAUAAAGAAGAUCAGAUUGCUGAAUAGAACCAGAAUAGAUAAAAUGAGCUUUCUAGAGAAUAAGCAGAUCCAGUUAAAUAAUAAAAUAAUUUAGAGUUAGAGCAAGAGCAAAAAGAAAAACAAAACUAAGAAAUAAAAUAAUAAAGUAGCAAGAGAAAUUCUGAUGCUGGAUUAAAUAACAUAUAAGAUUAAAUAUUAUAGCAAAAAGACCAAGAAAAUUAAAAAGUAUUAGAAUUAAACUCAUCUUAAAAAAUUUAAUUAACUUUAGACGAGCUUAAAAAGAUGAUUGAAGAUGUGGUCGAAUAAAAAAUUAAAAUUCUUUUGAGUAACUAUAACCUAGUCCCUAAGAAUGAUUAAGAGUAAAGAGGCAUUUCUUCACAAGAUUAUAUGAAUAAAUUGAAUUAAUUGAAUAAUAAUUUAAUGUAAAUCGACGAUAAAUUGGAAGAAAGAAAAGAAGAUUUUAUCAAAUAAUCAGACUCAAAUUCCAAGUUAAAUUCUUCACAGAUAAAUGAUUCCCUAUAUCAAUCUGACUUAGAAAAGAAAAAGCCAAGAGCUAUGCUUAAGACUGAUCCUCCUGCAGAACUAAAGGUAGAAGUUGGAAGUCCUUAUGUAUGGAGCUUCAAGAUUGAAAAUAGUGGAAUAACAUCAUGGCCUAAAUACACAUACUUUAAGUGCUUGCAAGGACCUCACAAAGACUAAAAAAUUGAAUUGGAAUAACUUAAACCCUAAGGUGUUAUCGAGAUUUAAAUUCCUUUGGAAGCUCCUUUGAAACCAAAUAAAUACCAAGAAAUAUGGAGCCUCGUUCAAGAAAUACCUGAAAAGCCCACAAUCAACUUUGGUCCUAAAGUGAGGUACACAUUAGUAGUCUAAGAAGAAUCUAUUGUUUAAGGCGAUAACAAUGCUGCUUCUCAAAAUAACUAACAAAAUCAAAGACCUUCUAUCUCAAUAAGUGAUCCAUAAAACAAUGGAAAAGUGAACAGCAAAAUAUUAGACAUUGCAAAGCAAAUGAAAGAAAUUUUAGGUGGUGAUAUUAAAAAGUAUAUUGAAUUUGUUAAAUUGGACAAUCAUGAGAAACUUCCUUUAGAAUAGCUACUUAAUAUCUACAUAGACAACUAAAAGUUUUGA